UCCAGCAACUAACAACUGUUUUCCUUAGGGAUUCAUCAGCAAAUCAUUGUUAGCUGAUGAACUGUUUGGUCCAUUAAUUGUUGGAGUUUGGUGGGAAAUGUCACAGUUUCACUGUGUGUUUAUAUUGCUAGUGUAGUUUGAACCAAAUGAAAACCAAAACCCCAAGACACUCAGUCGCCGUCUGCUCGUUGUGAGUCAUUUUAGCUCCUCAGUUGUGUAUCACUUUGUGAAACCACCACCUUUUCUAAUGGUUUUCCUGUUUUCACCACAUCUGAAAGAUUUCUAGAUAGGCUGAGAAACGUUUAUUACAUUUCGCCACAGUUCGAAAAGAACUGAAAACAUUGUAGUGAAGGUUUAGCAGCUGCUUGAUAUGGUGAAAAUGUUUAACCUGAAAGUGCUGACGUGUUCUUUUAUGCCAAAUUGAAAGAAGAGCCUUUCCUGCAGCUUGUUAAAUGUCUCAAGUAUUUUCUUUAACACUGAAGCAGGAGGAAUGGUGAGAGGAAUUCAGAGUGGACACGGAGGACAGAGCAUUCUUGCAAGUCAGAGCACAUACUUGUGGUUUCAGCAAGAAGUUUUUUAGGAUUUCUCUGUUAUUUUGCACGGCAGAAAGUGGAAUUUCAAAGCCCAAAAUGGUGAUUACCUUUCAACUGGAGUCAGAAAAGCCAAGUCACUGCCUAUUGCAGCUGCAGACUGAAACCACAACGUUUCAAGAAGUAGCUCUCGUCAUCUUCUUCCCGCUGAAUCAUUUCCUGUGUCCUCUGCUCUCUCUAAUUGCCUGUCAGUUGAUCUUUCCUUACUGUAGAUCAUUUAGGUGCUUUCCCUGCCUUCUCUUUCUUUGUUAACCUUUCCCCUCACUGAUGUUUAAUUUUCUUGAUCUUAAAAAAGCACAUUUUGUUGUCAUUCUGGUUAUGAAUGCUGGCUAAAUUCCUUCUAAACAUGCCUCUGGCCUUCUACAAUAUCCCAUUCAUUUGCAGCAAAGUGGAUCCAGUGGAUGAAACAUGUGACCUUAGGAAACGGUGAGCAUGUGAGCAUGUGAGUCAGUAAUCUGCCCACCCGAGCAGCCUCAGGGUUGGAUGUCCCAUGGUGCUCCACUCUCUCGCAAAGUCAGUCGACGUGGCACAAUGACUUAUUCAAACGUCAUCGUGACAUCACGUCGAAGGGCGAGUUUGAGAAAACACACUUUUAUUCUCAGUUGGUUUGUACUGGGUUAUUCUGUCUCCAGUCCAUAUCUGUCUUUUUCAACUUUAUUGGUUUCUUUGUGUGUAAGAAGAACGUGCCACAUGCAUGUGAAUCUACUUUCAGCUGCAUAAAGAGGACUUGUUUCUCUUAUCUUUAGCUGCGUUUUCCUGGUUCUGGACGACACAUCAGGCAUGUCCGAAGAUAAAAUCCCCUGUAAAGAAAAUCUCCUGUCACAGUUGGUUGAUAUGGAGCUGCAGUAUCAGAUACAGGAGGAAUGUGGCUGUUUGGUGUCUCGGCUCUGUGGCACUUCUCUGUGUUGUGUCUCCUUUCAGAUGCUCCCUGUCUUCUGGUUCUUGUGUUGGGUGAAGGAUUUCGCCCUCUCAGUCAUGGUGGCCUGUCAAAUCAAUGCACCGCUCACACAGAUACAAACAGGCCAGUUGUUAUUAAUGAAGCGGGUUGUUUAAAAUAUUCCAUGGUUUUGGGGCCAUUUCAUGCAGUUUAACUAACCUUCAUAGUUGCAGCAAGUUGUCAGGUCAUUUAUCAAGUUAGCUGUGCUUCAUUUGAAAGGUUUUUAGAGCCCAGAGGUGAUGAACAUUGAGCAGAACAUUGAGAAAUCAACAUAAUUUUGCACAGCACUAAUAUGUUUAUUGUUCCUGUUUCUUUAGUCAUCCUGUGACCUGCUCAUAUUUAUUUAAGAACCCUUUGGAGGGAUCCAACUCUCAGGCACCACUGCUUUGACCCAGUGACCUUCCUAACCUAGGUUAAAUACUGUCCAUGUUUUAAAAUGUUUUUUCAAACUGUCCUUUUUCUUACAUGUCCGAGAUAAGACAGAUAAAGAGACUGUUUUUUCCAAAGAGAUGAAACAUACUGCAGACUAAAAUGUGGAUGCUGCGACCGCAUCCAGGAAAGCGCAUGAUGAGAGGAGGCGUGACACGCCGGGUCACAUGAGCGUCACCAGCGGCUCUGGGGCCAGAGAGCAUCGGGGAUCCCGGAACGCCAUGUCACCGGCUGAUAGUAGCACCAUGCUGGGGUGGAGGAUGGGGAUAUAACCACGCUGUGAUCACCCCGCUGACAGGGUGAAUUUCCUUUCUCCAUCGUUGGUGUCUGCAAACUCUCGCUCUGUCGUCCGGGCUCGGACUCAAAAGACCAAAACUGGCCUGAGCCAGCUCACUACAGCCAUGAUGUCCAAGUCAGCUUUGCUGAAGGUGAUCCUUCUGGGUGAUGGCGGUGUCGGGAAGUCCUCGCUCAUGAACCGCUACGUCACCAACAAGUUUGACUCGCACCUCUUCCACACUAUUGGUGUGGAGUUCCUCAACAAGGAGCUGGAGGUGGACGGGCACCACGUCACUCUGCAGAUCUGGGACACGGCGGGUCAGGAGCGCUUCCGCAGCCUCCGCACGCCUUUUUACCGCGGCUCCGACUGCUGCCUGCUCACCUUCAGCUUGGACGACGGACAGAGCUUCCGCAACCUGGCCAACUGGAAGAAGGAGUUCGCUUAUUAUGCUGAUGUGAAGGACCCUGACAACUUCCCCUUUGUGGUUCUGGGCAACAAACUGGAUGUUCCUGAACGUCAGGUGUCAGGGGAGGACGUGAGACAGUGGUGCCGCGAGAACGGCGGACACCCGUACUUUGAGACAAGUGCCAAGGAUGCUACCAAUGUAGCAUCGGCCUUCGAGGAGGCGGUACGCCGUAUUCUGGCGCUGGAUGACAGAGCUGAUCACCUCAUCCACACCGACACGGUGGACUUACAGAGGAAGACUCACACUGAUCCCACCUGCUGCUGAGCUGUUCACCAGCUUGUGUUCAGUGUGUAAUGCCCUCGGUCGGACACUCGACCAGGAUCAGACAUUUUAAGCCAAUUUUUAAUAUAUUUCAGACCGAAACUGACAAUGUUUUCACCACAAUGUAACAUUUUCACACCAUCAAAGGAUCAAAAACUCUCCUGAGUCAAGAACAUUUGUGAAAUGUCUUUGUACAUUUUACAGUUUCACUCAGUUAUCAGUCCACGACUGGCUGAAGUUUAAUUUAAAUUUUAAAUGCUGCUUUAUCGAAGGUUAGUGUAGUGAAGGGGUUUUCUUUGAUAAAAGUUAAAGUACGUCACUUCCAAAGUAUUAACAGUUCUCUAAACAUGGUACUGACACCACAGAAAGUGUCUGAGACUCCAGAUGGCUGGACCUUUUAGUCCACAAAAAGAGAAGUCCUCAGGUUUUUUUCUGCCUCUAGAAGCAGACAGAGAGUAAAGCUAAUCACUCAGCAGAAACUGUACAACCACGUUUACAACUGAAGUAUUGUGAUUUGGUGCUGACUGACCUUAAACAAACCCAGAUUUUUCAGGUCUUUUAUUACACAAAGUGCCUUUACAAAACGACUAAAUCAAAGUUAAGUGCUUAAAAGUUUUUUUUAAAUAUCAUUAAAAAAUGUAAUAAUAUCAUUUAAUAUCAUCAUCAAUAUCUUUUUUUUAAGAUAAAAGAACUGUUUCUAGUAGUUAUUUUUCCAUUGACAGAUUUCAUAUUCAUUGAUCUAUAUCCGUCCUCUCACUGUGAAAACUGGAGCUCACUGCUGAACCUGAAAUUGGCCUGUAUGAUGUUCACUAGCACUGCUUCUUUAAGGCAAAUGACUCCCAGAAAAAUGUCUUCUGCAUAUUAUUCUUUUUUCUUUCCAUUUGACAAGCAGUACCCUCUUUGUCCACAAGGCUGCAGUCAUGUAUCAGAGAUCAGUUUGAGGCCUCACAGGAACACUGGUGAGCUGGUUUAAGACUCUGCACAGUCACAAAGUGUUUUCACUGAAGGUGGCAGAGCGUUUCUGGGAAAAUGCGGAGUCAACAAAUUGUAUGAAUUAAAAAGAUUUAGUUUCCAGAGCAGUAGAAACAAUCUCAGUGGGAGAAUGUCAGUCAAGUGCAGACUAAUCUGGCAGUGGAAGUGAGAACCCCUGUGUGGGUGGACGGUGGAUGUCUGAGGUCUGUCCUGACAGAAGUCCAGUCUGCAGCGGUGAGUAUUCACUGGUUUCACAACUGUAAUAAUUCAAACCACAUCCUGAUUUUGUCAGACGUCCAUAGAAAUGAAAUGAAUCGUGUCAUUUGGCAGCUUCUAGUGACAUUUUGAGAAAACAAGACCUACUUUCCUUGGAAAGUUUGUUGACGCAGCAGCUAAUCAACUGGCAACAGCUGUUGAGUGAGUUCGUCAGAAAAAUGCUGUCGACCUUAGAAAAACGUAGGAUUCUAUUUACUACAGCUACAAUUAAAAUUAUUUUUGUCCUGUAGUGAAAUGAGUAUUAUUUUUGUGGGUUACAUGAAUUUAGAAUGCUUUUAGAAUUUAGCUUUUAGAAUGUAAGAAGCUGCUGAUGUUGGAUUGCUAUUUUUCAUUAUUCUUUAAUGUUUUAUAGAACUAAAGCAAUCGAUUAUUUGGAAAAAAAAAAAAGAUUAAUCAGUGCUGAAAAUCAUAAUUUUUAGCUGCAUCAAUAUAAGCAAAAACAAAACAAAAAAAAACUCAUCAAAUCACUUCAGAGACCAGAAACUCAAGAAAGAGGCAGGAGACAACGGUGUCACGAUAAUAAAAAAUAUCGGUUUUACUAGAGAAGGUUACAAAAAUCAUCACUAUA